AUGAACCCAGACUGGUACCGUUGCACUGGGACCAGCAUCCCUCUAAAGUCCCAACGCCAUGCUAUGAGUGACGAUCCCCAGUCCAUAUUGGAGCCCUUUUCUUCGAGGCACCGCGACAGCCGAAGAGCAAGCGCGCGCGCCUUACGGCAUCAUCGUGCACGGCUCAGAGGAGAUAUCACUGGCCAAGAACACCGUCCAAACCCCCAAUUUUCGGUCGAACCUGUCGGUCAGGGUCCACCGACAGACGCGUGUUUUUGGGGUCACGGGUGGCUUUCCACAUUAGGAGCUCGCUUGCUUCGGCUAUGUCUCCCUCGGCGGUAG